AACUUGGUGGGCUUCUGCACGUGAGGUGUUACGCCCACACCUUAAACCUGGCUUGUCAGCGAGCGCUCAAGCUGCCGUCUGUGUCCAGGCUCCUGGCCAGGAUUAGGAGAAUUGUUUCGUUUUUCCACCGGAGCACCGUCGGCGCAUACGAGUUAGGAGAAAAGCAGAAGCUGCUGGGUCUGCCAUGCCACAAACUCAAAACAGACGUCAGCACCAGAUGGAACAGUGCCUUUGAAAUGGGGGAUCGCUUUUUGGAACAGCAGCCUGCUAUCUGCGCCACUUUACUCUCUCCCCAGGUGAGGAAAGGACAAUCACAAUCUGCUCUCUGCACUCUCAAUGAGACCGAUGUCGCCAAUGCAGAGCAUUUAGUUAAGGCCCUCAAGCCAAUGAAGGAUGCUACUACGCUUAUAUCAGAGGAGAGUAGCCCCACUGUGUGUUUGAUUGCCCCACUGCAAGCUCAACUCUGCCAGGAAACGACGGGCAACAUUGCAGAGUCAUCAAUUACCCGCGAUAUAAAGAAGGCGAUCAAUGAGGACCUCAGCAAAAGGUACACGUCUGACCUAGAGAGAAGAACACUUCGUUCAGCUUCUGCUCUGGACCCGAGAUUCAAGGGACUGCCUUUCCUUUCUGAAGAUGAUGUAGCGGAAACAUUUGGAAGAGUUGUUGCUGAAGCUGCAUCACUUGAGCAACAGGUAAGAGUGGAAGAACAUGAAGUCACAGAGGGCACCCAACCUACAGAGGAGCAGAACCAAAGCUCCCCCCCUGCCAAGAGAAGAGCACCAUCCUCUUUGUUGGAGAAUCUGCUGGGGAAUACCUUCUCUAGUGCAACUCAGCCCAUCUCUGCCUAUGCUCAAGCUGAGGAGGAGGUUAACAAGUUCCGUGGUGCUCCACCAGUUCCUCUCUCUGAGGACCCUCUCAGCUGGUGGAGGAAAAAUGAGAUCAUGUAUCCCCUGCUCUCCAAGUUGGGCAAGCGAUACUUUUGUAUUCCGGCCACCAGUGUCUCUGCAGAAAGAGUGUUCUCUACUGCAGGAGAUAUUGUGACUGCCCAGCGGAGCACACUCACACCAGAGCAUGUAGACCAGCUCCUGUUUUUACACAAGAACUUGCAUAUGCCAUGAGCUUGUUUUCUUUGUCAGAUCACAACACUUCAUUACUUAGAUAUGUUAACACAUUUCACCCCCUUUUCUCUGGCAACUUUUUUUUUGUGUACUAAAGAUGCAGAGACACUGCCUUGUUUCUGUGCUUUGAGAACUAUGUAUAUAUGUUAUUUUGUUGGUCCAAGUUGUGUUUUGCUAUUUAUACAGUGUGAGAUGCAGUUAGCUCUACGUUAGCCUAAUGAUUGG